AAUAGGUACGAUUUUAAAAGCCCGCGAACAUCUUCAAUAAAAUAAUAGUUAAUUUAUUAGUUACACCAUAUUAAAACAACACAAAAUAUGAAAUUCCGUGCUUUAAUGAUUGAUGCUGGCACGAUGCGAGAACUUUCAAAUGUUGUAACAAUAAUAUCGAAGUUAUCCAAAGAAUGCGUGUUAAGGUUGACUGAUGAUCAUAUGUAUUUUAUCGUGAGUGAAGAGAACAGCGGGCCUUCACCUCCAAUUCUUUGGUGUGAGAUUCCACAAGCAAUGUUUUGUUCAGAAUAUCAAAUGAUCGGGUUGGAUGAGGAACAUAAGGAUAUUUAUUUAGCUUUAAGUUCAGGUAAUUUAGCAAGAUCCUUAGUUACUUUAAAGACGGCAAAAUCUUUAAAAAUGAAACUAACUAAGAAACAGUGUCCAUGUCUAACUUUAGAAAUUGAAAUGCCAUGUGUUCUAUCUCAGCAGACUAGACAAGUGACACAUGAUAUACCAGUAACUGUGAUACCAAGGAAGCUGUGGGCUGACUUCCAUGAACCUAGGAUACCUAGCCUAGAUAUAUCAAUAGAAUUACCUCCUCUAAAACAACUUCGAACCACAAUCGAUAGAAUGAGAACAAUGGCAUCUGAAGUGGUGAUCAGGGCGUCCGCUGAAGGAAGAUUAACUCUACAAAUAAAGACUGACAUGGCUAAAGUGUCGACAAGGUUUAAAGGAUUGAGUGUGGAGGCUUUUGGAGGGCCAAUAGAUCAUUCCGACUCAGAAACGGACACUCAAACUAACGAAGACAUCUCCCGCAUAUGUAACUGCAGAGUGGACGCUAAGAAACUGUCAAUGUUCCUCAGUGCAGACCAGAUAUCUACCAACAAGACUAUCUGCAGUAUAGUGCAUAGAAAACUAGUCAUAUUGUGUUUGCAGAGCGAUGAGAAUGUUAAGCUGCAAUGUUUUAUUAGUGGAAUUGUUUAUUGAAUGAAUGAAUUGCAUUUUA